UUGUUGUUUGUGUUCUUUAAGCCACUUCGCAGUUAAUACACGCCGGUUUACUGACAUGAAUGUGCCGUGUUUUAAGGAGUGUGAGGUGAUUAAAAUUGCUAGUUAUAUAUGCUGAUCAGCUUAAACAACGCAUUUUAAUACUGAACUGUUUCACUGCUUUGUUUAACGCUGUUGUCUGAAAUGGAAACAUGCUGAUUGUUGCAGCACGUGUUAUAUGAAAUGCAGCAAACACAGAACACAUGAGGUGUAGAAGAUGAACGGAGUUAGUGGAAAAGCUGAUUGUGUGUGUACCAAAGUGGAAUGCAUCCUGUAGUGUACAACUACGGCACUUGUGAGCAUACAUUCAUGGGGUCUGGUAAGGGCCGAACCAAACCAUGCUGUGCAUGGUGCUCAGAAAAGAGAGAUCUGAAGUAUUGCCUCACAGUUGAUCAUCAGAAGAAGGAUUUUUGUUCCGAGAUGUGUCUGCAUGAGUACAAAACAGCUUUUUUAAAGGUAACUUGUGCCUUCUGUGAAAACGAAAUUACAAAGAAUGCUGUUGUAAUUACGGAACCUAGUAUUAAAGAUUUCUGUAAUCAGUCAUGUCUUCAGAAAUACACAGCAAAAGAAUUGAAUUCUCAACUUGAGAAACAUAAAGGAAAACAAGCAAAUACAGUUCAGUAUCAGUAUGAGAUUACAGGUUGCUUUGAUUGGGACAUAUAUCUAAAGGAAUGUAAUGCUGUUGCAGCUCCUGCUUCCUGGUUUAAGCAGCACCCUGUGCCUCCUAAGAAUGAUUUCAAGAUUGGAAUGAAACUGGAAGCUUUUGACCCUCGAAAUGUAACAUCCACGUGUAUUGCUACUGUAGUUGGGAUACAAGGUCCUCUCCUGAGAUUGCGGCUAGAUGGAGGUGAUAACAAGAAUGAUUUCUGGCGACUUGUUGAUUCAUCAGAAAUCCAUCCCAUAGGCCACUGUGAAAAAACUGGGGGUAUGCUGCAACCACCUCUUGGAUUUCGCAUGAAUGCUUCAUCAUGGCCUAUGUUUUUAUUGAAAACAUUAAACGGUGCAGAUAUUGCACCUAGCAAAAUUUUUAUGAAGGAACCACCUACACCUGAAUGCAAUAAGUUUGAAGUUGGUGUAAAAUUAGAAGCAUUAGAUAGAAAAAACCCUCAUUUAAUAUGUCCUGCAACUGUUGGAACUGUUAAGGAGGAAAUGAUAUUUAUCACAUUUGAUGGAUGGCGAGGAGCUUUUGAUUAUUGGUGUAAAUAUGAUUCUAGAGAUAUAUUUCCUGUGGGAUGGUGUAAAGCUAGUGGUCAUCCUUUGCAAUUACCAGGAAAUAAAGUCGGUUCCAGUGGAAAAUGUAAAAUAAAAGUUCAAGUACCUGUAUCUAAUGCUCUUCCUCCUCCCCCUCCUGCUGUGCGGCCACCAUCACCUCGUUCAUCCCAAAGUCCAAGUAGCAGUACAAGGUCUAGAACUACUGUAUCAAAUGGUGGCCAGAACCCUGAGAAAAGCCAUUCCCAACCAUCCGAUCAAGUUACAUCUGCUAGCUCUGCUUCAGAUGAAGAAGAAAAUCUGGUAGACUCCAGAUCUCCAUCACCUGCUAUUUCUAAAGUUCUUGUUACGGAACCAGAUACUAGUUCUGUAUCUAAAUCAAGCCCUUCAGUGUGCACUUAUAUAAAUCAUGGUUGUACUAGUGGACCAUACCUUAAUUCAAGAAGGGUAGCUAGUUUACCUGUAAAGUAUGGACCUGGUUCCAUGAAUCGUGUAUUGAGAGAAGCUGUUCAGACAUUUAUUGACUGUGCUGAAAAUGAGAAGAAUGUUUUUUGUUUGCUAAGGCAGGGUGAAGGAAAAGUUAUUAUAACAGCAAAUUUUGAUGGUAGAACACAUACUUGUCGUUUACCACCAAUUGAUAAAGUAUCAUCAUUUUGGAAUUACCUUGAAAGUUUAUUUGAAGAUCUCAUGUGUUGUGAAAACUUUUACACUAGUCAGCCUUUAGAAGGAGGAUGUACAAAAUGUGCCAGCAAAGGACCAAUUAGGCGUGCCUCUGAAGAUUGCUUACCAAGUUCUGAACACAUUGUUUUGGAAAAAAGACGCUGGUCUUCAGAUUCAUCUGAAACAAGUUCUAGGAAUUCUCUUCCUAUUUUAAAACCAAAUAAACAACCUCGAUUAAGUUGUAGAAGUGAAUCAGAGGACUGUUCUACAACACUUAUUCUUGAAAAAUUUAAUUCUAAACCGACAGAAUGGACUAUUGAUGAUGUUAUUCACCACAUUUGUGCUACAGACCAAACCAUGAUAUCACAUGCAGAACUUUUUCGACGUCAUGAAAUAGAUGGGAAAGCUCUUUUGUUAUUAAAUAGUGAUAUGAUGAUGAAAUACAUGGGUCUGAAAUUGGGGCCUGCUUUGAAAAUAUGCAAUUUGAUUGAAAAGUUGAAAGCCAAAAAGUACUAUUAGAUUUGUUCUACCACCAGCAACCUUAAUCAGCUGCUGUUCAAUUUGUACUUCAGGAAAAGUUUUGUUAUGAAUUAUUUUUCAUUUGAAAUAAUAAUUAUUUUUGUGUAUCAAUAUAAGCAGGAAAAUGUGUACUUGAAAUUAACUUCCACCACUGUGAUAUUCUUGAGUUUAAAUUUAUUCAUUGCAUUUCUGUGUAUGUGAUGUCUUAAUUUUUACAGUGGUAGUUACCAUGUUUGAUCUGUUUGUGUAGUAUUUAUUACACCUGAUUUGUUGUGAUUUAUAUUUUUGUUUGUUUGUGUGUGUAUGUGUGUGUGGUCAUUUGCUUACCUGUCUCUAAAAGGCAGUGGUUUAUUAUGUUUAGAUUUGUUUCUUAAUCCUCUGAGUGGCAUGUGUUUGGAGAUCUACUUGUGAAAACCUGUAUUUAAACGUAAUUUAUUUGCUAAAUUUGUGUAAUUACAUAUUUUAGUCUAUUUCCAUAAAACUUCCAUUCAUUAAGAUGACAUCAACAUUAUCAAAGAAUGUAAUUCAGCAAAAUAUAAACUUAUAAUGUACCAAGUGACAAAAUCUCUUGACUGGAUAAAGCUUGUCAUGCCACUUAGAGGUUUAAAAUUUAUAAACAUAGCCUAAAAAUAUGUUAAACAUGAGUCUGAAGAAGAAAAAAAUUGAAUUUGUGACCUGUUAACUAUAAAAACUUGUGUAUUUCUGGAAUGUUUUUAAAAAAUAAACACUUCCAAAACUGUAUACUAAAACAUACUACUAAUAAUAUCUAAACAAAUGCCCAUUUUAAGGGACUUAUUUCAGGCAUUCUGAAUGUGUUAUGCAUUUUAUGUAAAAAUAACAGUAGAAUCCUGUUAAGAAAUUACCCAAGAGUUGAGAAUUUCUAGUAUAGGAAGGCAAGUAGAAAUCAUUAUAAUUAAAAGCAAUAAAAUUGUAAUUUGUACAUAUUGUCAUGAAAUAGUGACAAAUUCACCUCAUUUUUAUAUAAACAGAUAAAAUGUGUCAAUUUUGAAAAAAAAAAAAAAAAUUACCUCCUUUAAGCUACAGUUUUGACAAUAAAUGCUCAAAAUAAGGACUGGGUAUGUCUAGUAUUAUUGUAAAAUCUCUUCAUCUCGUGGUGGUCCUCUGUUCAGAGUUGUUCAGUUAUUCACAUCUCUAAUAUAUUUUCAUUCAGAUAAAUAAAAUUUUCAUAUGUUCCAUUUUCAUUAAUAUUUUCCUUGCAUGAUAUCUCACUCACUCAUCUUGCACACAUCAUCCUCUAUGUCGCAUUUGUCUACUUCACAUAGUCUUUCUUCGUAAAUAAUCUGGACAUAUAUGAAAGCAAGCUUUUUGGAACCAGUUGGUUUUCAUGGUAGGAUUAAAUUGAUCAUAAAAUGCAACCAAAUCUCAUCACUAUCAACUCAGAAUUUGAAAUUAUAUACUGGAGCAGCUGCAUUAGAAGUGGCCUACAUUAGUCUUCAAAGCAACUUUCUGAUGUCUAGGCUCUGGAACUGCUGAGAAUUAUCUGGGAAACAUUCAGUGUGGGGGCUCAACUAAUGUGUUAUGUUUUUAAGGUAUGUAGAACAGUUGUUGUUGAAAAUGUCCUUUCCCUUGCAUAUUUUUACCUUCGUCCAGACAUUUUCAUUAAAAAGGGUAUUAGUUGUGUCCUUUAAUUGUUACCCUGUCUGCUGAGCAAGUUAUUUGCAUGCUUUAAAUGGAAAAAGUUCGGCUGUAUCAUUUUAUUAUUAACUAUCUCCCUUGCUUAGCAACUUUCUCGUUUAAAAAAAAAAAAAAGAUUAAAAGAAAGAGGAAAUUGUAACACACUCUGGGCUCAACACAUUGAUUAUAUUGCAAAGUCUAUAUUAAGUAGAGGAUACAAUGUGGCAUUUUCAUAUUUCUGUGCUUCUAAUAUGCUAAUACUUCUUGAUACUCCACAAGUUGCUUUACACGACAACCAAGUUCUGUUUUUAAAAGUUUCUAGACAAAUUUCUAAGGUGAAAAUUUCACAGCAAGUCUAUUAGAAUACAUACCAUUAGUUUACAUAUGUAAAGCAAUGAACCUUUUUAAAUCCAUCAUUUUUUUUUUAAGCAUAUUCGUUUUACUAAGCAAAGCUAAAAGAUAUUAAAUGUAAUAAAAGUGUAACGGAUUAACAAAAAUGAACAUUUGGAGAUGCUGAAGAUCAUUUUAAUCUAGGUGUUAUAUUUUGUCUUUCAUUGCAAAUAUUCUUCUAAAGCAGAAAAUUGCAUGUGAGUACAUAAAUGAUUAUAAGGAAAUUCACACUUUUAUACUUCUGAACAUUUUCCCUGCAUUAAAAUUAGCAAUAAAAUAUCUUGAGUAAAUUAAUAACUGUUUAAAAGCAUUAAAAGAGGCCACUUACCAUUUUUACAGUUUUUCUGUUACAAACUGUGUUGUUAUAGUACAAGGUCAGAGAUCAGGAAUCAUUGGGACUUCUGAUUUCAGAUCUUUCUGGAUAUUGGAUCAUUAUAUUAAAUGUGGUAAGAUAAAAUGUAGAAAUAUAAAAUAGCUGUUUGUGAAAAGAAACAUUUCUGUGACCUCACAUAAAGCAGAGUUUACAAAAGCUCAAUGUUCUCAUUUAUUUUGUUUUAUUAAAUAUAUCUUUCAAUUAUUAAAUUUAUCUUUCAAGUUGUUUAAUCAGUUUUGUUUUUUGUGUUACAGAUACGCACAAUUUCAUGUUCACUUAUAAAAUUGUAUCAUUCAAGUCAUGCAACUGCUGAAUAGUUAGACAGCAAGGGGUAGUCAAUUUAUUUUAAAUAAAGUUGAACAUUGGAAGUGUUUAACUUUAUGAAAUUUAUGAAAUUUAUAAAUAAAAAUUCCGUAAGGUAUAUAUACAUAUGGAUAAUGUAAGACUUCUUGGGUGGGAAAAUAAAACCCUUACAUCUGAGAAAAACUAGUAUUUAGAUUUUUUUAUAAGCUUUAAAAAUUAAAUAUUUUGAUCGGGGGUACUAUUUAUUCAGAGACUUUUCCUAAUUUUGUUUCAUAUUCAAAAUUGAACACAGGAUGUAACUGAUAUGCCCUUCCCCCCCCCCGUUUCUUAGAAAUCAAAGUACGUUUGAAAUGAUUUUGUUACAUUGUUUGCUCCUUAUGUUUAUGUGAUAUAUCUGCUGUUGGGAAACAAAAUUGUCUGAACGCAAAGAAAACAUUUUAUUAAUUUCUAUUAUCACUUUAAAUGGGCAUACACCAUUUAAUCUGUAUCAGAAUUUCGGUGGACUCGCGAUUUUAUGAACUUGUACAGAUCACUAAAAAGUUAAUGAAACUGAGAGUUUAUAAAUAGGAAUCAUAUGAAAGAUGUAGUUUGCUUUCACUUUUAUUUAGAUAAAAUUUUUAAAAACACUAAUUUUUGUUUACUUCAUAACUAUAGUUCAAGAAAAUUCUGUAGAAAUUUCAUAUAGUUAAUAUCUUACUUUUCAGAUCCACUUCUUUUAACCCAUUCACAGACAAACAUAUUCUCUACUCCAUAUUCAAUUUAGUAAAUCAAAAUCUGCCAAGAAAAGAGAUGAAUAAGACUCAAUUUAGAAGUUUUUUGGUGCAGAUGAAAAGCUUCAGAUUCUGAUUUAUCUCACUGCACGGAUACAAAAAAUUUCAAUCUUAUAUUAAUGAAAUUAAUGUUUUUAAUUAACAUGUUUCAUCAUUUUGGAAUUUCCCAGCCAAAACUUACUGGAAUUUCACCCAUUAAACAGUGCCUGGAAAUUACGUCUUUUCUCAUUCAAAUUUUUAACCUCCCAAGAGAAAUGGUGAACUUUGGUUCAUAGAGUUAGGUAUUGUGUAAUUUUAGACAACAAAAUUGAGUAGAAAUUAGUAGCAUUUCUGAAAGUUACUUUUUUAAAGACUUGUACAGUAAUUCAGAAAAACAGACAAUUUUUAAAUUGAAAGGUUGUAGAAAUACUAAUCUGCUGUGUAUGACUUUGUGUCAUUGUUACUUUCUCUAGUUAUUUUUUCUUGCUAUGUUGAAUGAUAAUGAAUGGUUUUAAUGCUUUUUCUGCUAUCAAAUAUUAAUCAACAGAAUAAUUUCCUGUCUGCUUUUGUUAAGACCACCACUGCAUGUCUGUGUAUAAUAGUGGCUGUAUUUUAGGCUUGAUUUUAUGGAAGUUUAAAUAAAGUUUUUUUAUUGCUUAGUUUUC